AUGGUGGUCUCCAGAGGCGAGGGCGGCAAGACGCUCACCCUGACGACGACCACGGCCCUGGACCACGCGAUCGGCAACCGCAUCCGCGCGCGCGGCGUGAGGAUGGCUAAACAGAAAAAACACCUCUGCGUGACCACGGUCGCGGGCCGCUACAGGCGCGUCGGGGCCAUCAGCAAGCGGGCCGUCCAGUUCGCAACCCGUCGAAAUCGAAUCGCGCGGGUACGCCAAGCAGGUGGACCAGCGCACAAGGUGUUCAGGCAUGCCAGGGUGCCCUCGCUGCUCUACGGCGUCAAGGUCAUGGGCAUGGCGGACGCCAACCUGGGGCAGCUGCGGCAGAGCGUAUCGACGGCGAUGCGCGGCAACGCCAAGGGUAGGUCCACGUUCUCAACGCUGCUGGCGAACGACAAGGACCAAGGCACGUUGGCCAACUCGUCCCCAAUACUGGCGUGGGCGCAGACCCGGCAAGAAGCCGAGGAGGACCAGAGCCUGGUGACGAGGCUACGGACCGCAUGGAAGCGGUGGGUCCUCCAGGUGGGCUUCGCGAAGGUCCCCUGGCAGCAUGUGCGCGGCCCCGCAGGGGCCUUCGUGGCGACGGUGCAGAGGCUGGGCUGGAUGACCCAGGACCUCCACGAGCUGCACCAUUACGUCCGCAACGCCACGGAGCAGGGCCUGCAGGACGCGUGGCUGGCAAAGUGGGGUGCGGAGUUCAACCUGCAGUCGAUCUUCGCGGCGAGGCUGUUUGCCAAAGGAGUGGUUCCCGACGCUAUCUGCAAGGCGCGCAACAUGGGCGAGGGCACGGACAGGCACCGACCUUUGUUUGGCGCGGCAGGGAGCUUCGUGGAGUUCGCCACGGGCUUCGUGGAAGCAGACGGCAGCCUGCUCUACGGCAAGUACGUUGCCCUGCGACGGGGCGGUCGUCUCUUGUGCAGCUGA